AUGAAUAAGUCAGACAAAUACUUAAUGUUUGAAGAUGACAUCUCUAGUACUCAAAGUUCUGAAGGAGAAGACUACAUUCCUAAAAGAAUAAUUUCUAAAUCCAAUACAAGAAGGAUCCAUAAAAUCCCCAUAGAGCAACAACAAUAACUAUUUCGACAAGUGUUUCAGGAAGGCAAACCAAUUAAAGAGGUAUUCUUUUUCCUAUUACAAUUAGGUUGCCAAAGCUUUGAAUCUAAAUUACUCUAGUGCUAAAUCUCUCAUUCAUUAUUAUAAAAAUAAUAAACGCUCAGCCCCCUUAGCAGUAUUAGAUGUUUUAAGUGGCAAAAAAUCGCUGGUGUGUAGAGUUUCAUAAAAAAUUGAUAAAAAAAAAUACAAUAAUCUAAAAAUAGAAGUCAGGCAAAAAAAUCAAAUUCUUCACUCCUACAACUAUUAUGAACAAAAGACAACUCAUAAAUGA